UCAUUUCCUAACCUCACACUUUCCUUAAAUUCUCUCUCCUCUCUCUCUCUCUCUCAGUUCCACAAAGUUGGAAAAAACUAGAAAGAGUCUCUGAAUUUGAUUUGUUGAUUGAGAAAAUGCCGCUAAACAUAGCGGGAAGUGUACUUAGUGCUGUGCUAUGCAUCACAGUUUUUCUAUUUGCAACUGUUGGGGCUGAAGAUCCUUACAGGUUCUUCAACUGGAAUGUCACUUAUGGUGACAUAUACCCACUUGGUGUUCGCCAACAGGGAAUACUCAUCAAUGGUCAAUUCCCAGGUCCAGAUAUUCAUUCUGUUACCAAUGACAAUCUCAUUAUCAAUGUCUUUAACAGCUUAAACGAGCCUUUCCUUCUCUCAUGGAAUGGAAUUCAAAAUAGGAGGAAUUCGUUUGAGGAUGGUGUAAAUGGAACAACAUGCCCAAUUCCCCCGGGGCAGAAUUUCACCUACAUUCUCCAAGUGAAGGAUCAGAUUGGAAGCUUUUACUAUUUCCCUUCUCUUGCAUUUCACAAGGCUGCUGGUGGUUUUGGAGGAAUCAGGAUUCUUAGUAGGCCAAGAAUUCCUGUCCCAUUUCCAGACCCCGCAGGUGAUUACACCGUUCUUAUUGGAGAUUGGUACAAGGCUAAUCACACGGACUUGAAAGCUCUUCUAGAUCGUGGUAAAAAGCUGCAUUUUCCUGACGGAAUCCUCAUCAAUGGUCGCGGGCCCGGUGGUGCUGCUUAUACAGUUGAACAAGGAAAAACUUACAGGUUUAGAAUAUCAAAUGUUGGGUUACAACAUUCACUCAACUUCCGCAUUCAAGGCCACAGGUUGACAUUGGCAGAAGUAGAAGGAACUCACACCCUUCAGACUUCUUACUCCUCCCUUGAUGUUCAUGUUGGGCAGUCUUACUCCGUCCUCGUAACGAUGGAUCAGCCCGGACAAGACUACUACAUUGUGGUUUCCAGUCGUUUCACCACUCCAAUCCUCACCACUACUGGAGUUCUUCAUUACAGUAAUUCUGCUGGCCCAGUCUCAGGCCCACCUCCUGGUGGACCUACCAUCCAAGUUGAUUGGUCUCUGAACCAGGCCCGCUCUAUUAGGACUAAUCUUACAGCAAGUGGACCAAGGCCAAACCCACAAGGCUCGUAUCACUAUGGUCUCAUUAACACAACCAAAACCAUCAGGCUACAAAAUUCUGCUGGUCUUGUCGACGGCAAGCAAAGAUAUGCAGUUAACAGUGUAUCAUAUGUCGCCGCAGACACUCCCCUAAAGAUUGCCGAUUACUUCCAAAUUCAAGGAGUUUUCCGAGUUGGAAGUAUAUCUAGCAACCCUACUGGUGGUGGAAUCUACCUUGACACAGCAGUAAUGGGUGCUGACUACAGAGCAUUCAUUGAGAUUGUGUUUGAAAACACUGAGGAUAUAAUUCAGAGUUGGCACCUUGAUGGCUACUCUUUUUGGGUGGUUGGUAUGGAUGGAGGGCUGUGGACUACGGCUAGUAGAAAUCAGUACAAUCUUCGAGACGCAGUUUCACGUGUCACCACUCAGGUGUAUCCCAAGUCAUGGACUGCUAUAUAUUUGGCACUUGACAAUGUUGGAAUGUGGAACUUGAGAUCUGAGUUUUGGGCACGACAAUAUCUUGGACAACAAUUCUAUUUGCGAGUUUAUACUCCAUCAACUUCAAUUAGAGAUGAAUUCCCAAUUCCAAAGAAUGCACUGCUUUGUGGUAGGGCAAAGGGUCGACACACACGACCUCUCUAAGCUAUCAAACAAUAAAAGGAUCCACUGCUGGGUAGGGAAGGCCUGUCUAGCUUAGUUGAAUGAGAGUAGGUUGUUGCUUCUAUAAUUUAUUAAUGGGUGAAUUUAAUAUAAAGCAAAUAUAUAAUUAGAACUCUAAAUGACCUUAGCUCAAGGUCACAUUCUUUUCUAAAAUCUACUGUAUCUCGUUUGUUAUCAUUCAAGUUUACAUAAUAGCAUUGCUAUUUAUAUUAAGGGAGGUGAUUCUCUAGUCGCCUUUCAAGUUUUUUUGUCAAUUUGUUAUUCCUACUUUUGAAUACAAGAAGAAGCAAGUUUUAGUCCCAAAUUUUGGGGACAGCUAUGAAUCCUCAAGAGAUUAGUUAA